UCAUCAACGUGCGACAGUUUUCGUCACUAUCCGUCAGUCGGCAGACGGGGCGAAGGGCACGAAUGUUGUAACACUCGAAGUGCCUCAGAUUCGUUCAUAAAAACGAUUUUUUUUUCAUGUCAGCUUUUUUAACCUUAACAGUGAACGACGACCUUCUCGGUGUGAUACCACCCGGUGUCCAUGCUAACUUUUCAAUUUAACAGCCACUGUCAUAUCGAGGAAAUAAGGAAACGAGAGGAUCAGGCAACCCAGCGAAGGAGACACAGUAACACACUUCAGGCGGAUCUUUGAUGUUAUCGCUCCUGUAACACCCUUGCUAUCCUCCAUGGAUGUGGCAGAUUCCUGAGCAGGAAGCAUGACAUCAGAGGCUGCGGUCUCCACACCUCCUGCCAUAAGCAGCAGCACACCUGCCAAGAGGGACUACUACUGGCUUCGCUCCUUUGUAGCUGGAGGUGUAGCAGGAUGCUGUGCCAAAACCACCAUCGCCCCUCUGGACAGAGUCAAAAUUCUUCUUCAAGCCCAGAGCCCCCAUUACAAACAUCUUGGAGUGUUUUCCACUCUCAGAGCUGUGCCACAGAAGGAAGGCUUCCUUGGCUUGUACAAGGGUAAUGGGGCAAUGAUGGUCAGGAUAUUUCCUUAUGGAGCCAUCCAAUUCAUGGCCUUUGAUAAUUAUAAAAAGCUGCUAAGUAAACAGAUUGGGAUCUCUGGACACAUCCACCGCCUUGUGGCAGGAUCUAUGGCAGGGAUGACUGCGGUGAUAUGCACCUACCCUCUGGACGUGGUCCGAGCCAGACUGGCCUUCCAGGUGACAGGAUUUCAUCGAUACACUGGAAUCGCCAAUGCCUUCCACACCAUCUACCUUAAGGAAGGGGGUGUCUCUGGCUUCUAUAGGGGACUUACUCCAACGCUUAUCGGAAUGGCCCCUUAUGCAGGUUUCUCAUUCUUCACCUUCGGCACCCUGAAGAGCCUCGGCUUGAAACACUUCCCAGAGCUGCUGGGUCGCCCCUCCUCAGACAACCCCGAUGUCCUCAUCCUGAAGCCCCAGGUUAACCUGCUCUGUGGGGGGGUCGCCGGAGCCGUCGCUCAGACAAUAUCAUACCCUUUGGAUGUGGCGCGGAGAAGAAUGCAGUUAGGAUCCGCGCUUCCAGACUCUGAUAAAUGCGUAUCGCUGAGGAAGACCCUGACGUACGUGUACACCAAGUACGGGAUCAAGAAGGGACUGUACCGAGGCCUUUCUCUCAACUACAUCCGCUGUGUCCCCUCCCAGGCCGUGGCCUUCACCACCUACGAGUUCAUGAAGCAGUUCCUCCACCUGAACUAGUCGCUUGUCUUUAUACCUCCUGAGUGGUCGCGCGGAUCGACGCCACCGCUUCCUUCGUAGACUGAUCCAAGGCUCACUCGCUUCGUCUUAAACUUCAGACUGUGGGAAUUGCCUAUUUCCCCUGGGUUCACUGAAGGCAUCAGGGAAGCCAGUUAAGCUGGAAAGGGAAACUGGUUAUCAGACAAAGAGACGCUCCAUGUCUGUCCUGUUUCAUUCCCUCUUACUUCCUGUUUUUGUAACUCGCCACCUCUAAGCAGAACUUUUACUCACAUGUGGCUUGAAUUUGAGCAGCUCUCUCAUCAGUGUCUCCAUGGAUACGGUGGGGAAGCGGCUCGUUUGGUCUGGCCCGGCUGGGACGGCUGGACGGCUGGCUCGGGGCAACGAUAUUCUCUUUAACAAUGUUGUUAGCAACACCACAACAAUCCUCCGAUUGUGUGAAAGUCCCCUCAAACACAGAUGUCCACACUCUCACAUCUCGCCUCUUUUUUUCUUUUUCGUGGCCUGGUGACUUUAAGAUGGGAAACGUCUUCAAAUGAACAGUUUCUUUUUUAGCUCUUUCUUUUUAAAACAGUUAAAUUCAACAGCUGCUUGUUUAUCAUAUCUUCCUCUUUCUACUGACUCGCUCAUUUUAGAAUAAUCUAAUGAUUUAUGGUGUUUUGUUUAUUCAGGGUUUAGUGUUUCUUCAAUUUUGCAGUGCAGUAACUUUUGCAGAAGUCGCAGUUUGUGCGUUUGUGUCGUCUCUAAAAAUCAAGAUAAAAAUGCAGGAAGUUUUUGCGGUUCACAUGCAGGUUUUUUUUUUGGUUUAUUUUUGUUUUAUAGGUGCACAGACUGAUGCGGCACAUGAUUUAAGUUUAAAUGCCAAACUCUUGAGUGGAGCAGUUACUGUAUGUAUUUUCAACUGCUGUAAAACCUUUGUUUUUAUAUUGGUUAAUGUGCAGUCGGGUGUUUAGUCUGUAGCUUUGAUGAUAUUGAUGCUCAUCUUUAAUAAGAAAUAUAUUUGGGUUCAGUGUUGAGAUGUUUAAGAUGACUAAAUGUGGAUGUACAGUAGGUCUUACACGUCUGGAGGGACUCAGGAGAAAUUUGCACUUGAUCACCGUAGCUGUUUCUUCUUAUUUAUUGAUUGAGCGAGCUGUUGCCACUGGGUGGCAGCAUUGAGUUUAUAUUAUUGUUUACUGUCAGAGCUGAGCACAGCAUUCAUAUAAAUCUCAUACAUCUUUUAUUGGAUAUAAGUCAGAUUAGGAUCUUUGUAAUAUUUUUUAGUCUUUUGUUUAAUCGAAGUUGUCAGAUUGUAAUAUGCUGUCAUUUUAACCUUAUUACUCACUGGAAGUACUGUAUGUCUUUUUUUUUUUUUUUUACAGCCCCUAGGAAAGCUAAACGUUAAUUACUGAAUGAACAUGUUGUUAAGUGCACUGCAGGCCUUCAAGUCACUGUCGAUGUUUGCGUGAGCCUCAUCAGUUUGUCGUACAAACGCCGUCAUUUUUGCCUUCCUCUGCGUCCGAUGUCUUACUUCACCCGAGUGAUUAAUGUGUUUUACUGAUGCACACACUUCAGCUGUUGGAUCACUGUCCGCGAGCGGCAGUUUACCACCAAAGCUGCAAUGAGAAGUCAAUGGAAAGAAAAUUAAGCUGCCAACUUUGUUCAUAAUCCAUUAAUCAUUUUAGUCAUUUUUCAAACAAAAAGGUCGAACGUUCGCUGGAUUCAGCUUCUUAAAUGUGAGGAUUUGCUGCUUUGCUUUGUCAUUUAUUACAUUAAAUGAAGAGUCUUUUGGUUUUUGGACCGUUGAUGAAGACUUAACUUUGAGCUCUGGUACUGGUAUUUGUCUAAUUUUUUAAAACAUUUUUUGUUGACAUUUUAUAGACUCACUGAAUAAUCCUAAAUGUAAUAGGCAGAUUAAUCGACAACGAAAGUCAAUGUUAGUUGCACCCAGAGACAAAAACACAGCAGCAGCCAGCAGUCAGCGGAGCAUAUCAGUAGUUUAGAUACGACCCCCGCUACUUGUGAGCUCUCUCUUACAAAUGUGGGUACGAUUCGAGUACUAGGCGAGUGUCAGAUGUUACCGUGGCUUGCAAAAGUGUUCACCCCCCUUGGACUUUUCCACAUUUUGUCAUGUUACAGCCACAAAUGUAAAUGUAUUUUAAUGGGAUUUUAUGUGAUAGACCAACACAAGUUGGUGCAUAAUUGUGAAGUGGGAGGAAAAUUAUAUGUGGAUUUUAAAAAAUAAAAAACAGAAAAGUGUGGCUUGCAAAAGUAUUCACCCCCCUGAGUCAAUACUUUGUAAAACCACCUUUGGCUGCAAUGA